AAAUGUUAUCAAACUGAUGACGAAAAUGUGAAAAACUGUACACAACUUCUUUCAUAAUUUUUAUUCUUUAUUUUAAAACAUAUUUGUUCGAAUAUGAAGGGGAGAUUUAGUACCAUAGAUAUCACAGCCGUGAUACGUGAGUUAUUGAGGUUUGUGAGUAUGCGUGUGAUGAACGUGUAUGAUGUUGACAACAAAACCUACCUCAUUCGGCUUGGAAAGCCGGACGAUAAGGCAAUGAUAUUGAUGGAAUCUGGUAUACGUUUACACAGCACUGAAUUUGAGUGGCCUAAAAAUCCGGCACCUUCUGGCUUCUCUAUGAAGAUGAGAAAGCACUUGAAAGGUCGUCGUCUAGAAAGUGUUGAGCAGCUUGGUGUAGAUAGAAUAGUUGACCUGACCUUUGGCUCAGGAGAGGCUGCAUAUCACGUCAUACUGGAGUUGUAUGACAGGGGUAACAUAGUGUUAACAGACUAUGAAUAUACCAUCCUGAACAUUCUCCGUCCUCGUACUGACCAGAGUCAAGAUGUAAGGUUUGCUGUGAGAGAAACAUAUCCACUAGAGGGCGCCAAACAGCAUGAACUUCCUACAGAAGAAAAACUAAGGGAGAUAAUCUUGGCAGGAAAAGUUGGUGAUCCUUUGAAGAAAUUAUUGAUCCCACAUUUAGAUUAUGGUCCGGCCAUGAUUGAGCAUUGUCUGAUAACGGCUGGCUUUCAAGAAAAUGUUAAAAUUGGCAAAGGAUUUGAUGUUACUAAAGACAUGCAGAAGUUGCUGGUUGCUAUAGAAGAAGCAGAAGGUCUGUUGACCUUAAUGCAGACACAAAAUUCAAAGGGGUUUAUUGUUCAGAAGUCAGAGAAGAGACCCAAUGCUAAGGAAGGGGAGCCCACAGAGUUACUUACCUUUGAUGAAUUUCACCCUAUGCUGUUCAAGCAAUAUGAAAAAAGACAUGUUGAAGAAUUUGAGUCUUUCAAUAAGGCUGUAGACGAGUUCUACUCCAAGAUGGAAAGUCAGAAAAUGGAGCUGAAAACUUUACAACAGGAGAAGACAGCAUUGAAGAAGUUGGACAAUAUUAAGAAGGAUCAUGAGAAGAGAGUGGAAGGUCUACAGAAAGAACAGGACGUUGACAAGAAGAAAGGACAACUGAUUGAGAUUAACCUAGAUCUCGUUGACCGAGCUAUUUUGAUUGUAAGAAGUGCCAUAGCUAACCAGAUAGACUGGACAGAGAUUCAUAAUCUCGUGAAAGAAGCACAAAUGGACGGGGACCCUGUUGCCAUGGCAAUAAAAGAUCUCAAACUGGCAACCAAUCAUAUCACACUACUUCUUCAGAACCCGUAUGUGGACAGUGACUUUGAGGAAGAUGAAGAUGAUGAUGAGCCUAUUAAACCGAUGAAGAUAGAUAUAGACCUUGCUCUCAGUGCCUACGCCAACUCUAGAAAAUAUUUUGAGAAGAAGAAGCAAGCAGCUGUGAAGGAACAGAAAACUGUUGAUGCCUCACAAAAAGCAUUUAAAUCAGCAGAGAAGAAGACAAAGGAAACAUUAAAGGAUGUAGCUACAGCAGCUUCUAUAAAUAAAGUCCGGAAAACUCACUGGUUUGAGAAGUUUUUAUGGUUUAUAAGUUCGGAGAACUUCCUAGUGAUUGGUGGUCGAGAUCAGCAGCAAAAUGAACUGAUUGUUAAAAGAUACUUAAGACAAGGAGAUGUGUAUGUGCAUGCUGACCUUCAUGGUGCUAGCAGUGUGAUUAUCAAGAAUAACACUGGGGAACCAAUACCACCAAAGACUCUGAAUGAAGCGGGAACCAUGGCUAUAUGUAACAGUGCAGCCUGGGAUGCUAAAGUGGUAACCAGUGCCUGGUGGGUGUAUCCUAGUCAGGUAUCAAAGACUGCCCCCUCUGGGGAGUAUCUCACCACUGGUAGUUUCAUGAUAAGAGGAAAGAAAAACUAUUUGCCACCAUCAUACUUGAUCUAUGGAUUUGGACUUCUUUUCAAGUUGGAGGAAGGCAGUAUACACGAACCACACGCCGGAGAACGCAAAGUUAGAACAGCCGAAGAUGAUGAGAUCUCAGUGGCUGAUUCUUCUGUAGCAGAGAGUGAAAUCACCAUGGAAACCAUUAGUGAUAAUGAAGUAGACUCUGAUGAUGAGCAAACAAAUAAUGAUAACAAUGAUGAUACUGAUAGAGAAAAUGCCAAAAAUGUCUCAAAGAAUGAGGAAAAUACAGAUAAUAGUGCCAGGACAAAAGUUAAGUCAGAAAAUAUAAAUGAAUCAGACAGUUGUGAAGAAAGUGUUAGAACUGAAGGUGAUAUGGACGACAAAGUCUGUGAUAAUACAAAAAGUGAUAAAAUCUGUGAUGGUGUUGAAACCAGUGAAAGAGAAGUUGUAAAUGAUGAGAAAAAGUUUCCAGAUACAGAAAUUAAUCUGCAUCAUGUGAAAGGAGAUAAAUAUGAGUUAGCAAGAAGUUUCUCCACACAGAGUACAGACAGUGAUCAGAUUUUCUUAGGUGAUGAUGAGGCUGUUACCUUUGGCGAAAAGAAAUCAACUGGCGGGCCAAGGUUAUCGGCUAAACAAAGGCGAGAAAUGAAGAAGGCUAAGAAACAAGGGCAGCAGCCCCAGUUACCAACACAGACUGAAGGUGAGGAAGAGGAGGAGAAAUCAUGGCUGCCAGAAGAUAACCAGGGACGAGGACGGAACAAGGGGAAAAAAGAAAACAAAGAACAAACAGAAAUACAGCAGCAACCUAAGAGGGGGCAAAAGGCCAAGAUGAAAAAAUUGAAGGACAAAUAUAAAGAUCAGGAUGAGGAGAGAAAGACAACUCCGUAUGAAAUUCUUGCUUCUGCUGGCAUUAAAAAGGAAGAUAAAAAGAAGAAAGGAAAGAAGGAUGAAAAAGGACGCCCACAAUCGGCAGUGGAGAAGAAACCUCAACAACAACAACAGAGAAAGAAGCCAGAACUUGUUGAUAUCAUUAUUAAAGAUGUUGAAAAUACAGCAAGUACAGAGGAUCCUACAAACAAUAAAGAGAUUGUAGAAGCUCAGGUUAUUGACGAUGAUGAGAAGUUAGAAGAUGACACACAAACUACUGAUGACCAGCAGAUUUUGAACUCUUUGACUGGCAUACCAAAUAUUGAGGAUGAGUUGCUGUUUGCUCUGCCAGUCUGUGCUCCAUACAAUGCUUUGACAAAUUAUAAGUACAAGGUUAAGCUGCUGCCAGGGUCAACAAAAAGAGGAAAAGCUGCAAAAAUUGCCAUUAACAUGUUCCAGUAUGAUAAAACUAUAACACCAAGAGAAAGAGACCUUGUAAAAAUAUUAAAGGAUGUGGAUAUAUCACGGAACAUUCCAGGAAAGGUGAAGGUCACAGCCCCAAACAUCAGCAAAAUGAAGAGGAAGUGAAUUAACAAUGCAAUAAAGGGAUUAAAUUAGACAAUAAAACCGAAUUGUGCAAUUGAAUAUUACAAUGAUAAAUCAAUACUUACAUUUAAAAUGGAUUAUAAAACUAUAAUAAAAGAAAGAUGAUUUCUUUUCAAAUAGUUGUUGAAUCAAUACUUAAUUUCUUUGAUCAUUUAGACACGGUAUUUAAUACUUUUUCUGAAAAUAUGAAUUUCCUAGAACUUUCAAAUUUAGGAACAAAACUUAGUGGAAAGGUAAAUAUGUGGUUAUCAGGAUGGCUUAGUAAAGAAAGCUUUGAGCCUAAUUGAAACAUUCUUGAGCUGAGCAGAAAAUAAACAUUUUUACGUAAAAUUAAACUUUAAUUAAAGGUGAGAGCUCUUGGUUCUUUCUUUAAUUAUAUAAGAAAUAAUGCUAUAGCUCAAGUGUAAAAGAUAGUUUGUGAACAUAUUUAUCUAGAGUUACCUUCUCUUGUUAUGUUUUAUCAUUUCUUGAUGCAUCAAUGUGAAAUAAAAAUAAAUGGCU